AUGUCAUCGCCGGCGACGCCAAGAAAUGAGUGCAAUGGAACAGGGGGACAAACUUCAUCAUCAUCGGCGAAUCCAGACCAAUCACAAAACGCUCAGGGUCGUCGCUUAUUUAAUACGAACGCAUAUUCUGACGAAUCUGAUGUUUCAAUCGAUAAUGACGACAGAAACGGCGCCGAAACUGAUGGAUCAUCAUCAAGUCGCGGAUGUUUGAAAAGUGAAAGAUCACGAAAAGAUCAACCGUCGACUUCUUCUGGAAGACCACCUCGUACCUUGCAACAAGUAACAUGGUCAUUCGCUGCGAAACAGGCGCCACCGCACUCACAGCCUCCAGGAACUAGUAAAAAAGGUGCGAUUUGUUUGAUAAUAUUUAAUAGUUUAUAA